AUGACACGUCCUUCCAAACGACCCCGUCGCAAAUUGAGUUGGUGGAGACGGAAAUGGUACAUAUGGCGGUCUAUAGAAAGCCCAUUAGAACUUCGAGGAAGCAUCAUCCGUCUACGUCACCGGAACAAACACCCAUAUCUUGCUCUGCUGCGUCUCUUCCUGCCUGCGUCUCUAACCUCAUGGUCAUAUCCAAUACCUGAGCCUCUUCCUCCUCUGAGCUUGGUUGCCAACCCAUCACUGUGCUGGACAAGGCGGUGUGAAGGUGAUCUCAAAAAUCUACAAGCAAUUCCACUAUGGCGUUCUCAUGACACUCCCUUGCGCUCUCUUUAUCGUAUGUACGAGGCAGCGAUGGCUGGGGAUAGUAUGAAUGCAGUAAUUGGAUAUGAAGUUGAAUACUUUUGGUAUCACAGUGAGCAUUCCUGGCAGCUGGAACGGAUCCCUGACCCAAAAGACCCUGACCCCAUCCGCUAUGCAAUUCUUGCCUGUCUUGUCGAAUCCAUGCCCGAGGCUUUCAAUUUUAAGCUCAGCAAAGGGAUGAGGAGAGAUGGAAACAACAUUCCUCCAGGUGAUUGGGAUGGUGUGAACAAUCCAUAUGCCCCUUACACUCCAGUGGCCGGGCCAGAAUGGACAAAACAUGUGCCCCCGAUUGAUAGAGACUAUCUACGAGAUGUGAUGCCCGAGAGGCUGCUCGAUUCGAGGGGAGAAUUCACAGAGCCAGGUGUUCACCGAUUUCAAACCACCCCAAGGUUUUACAUUGUUGGGAAGCUGCAGCCGCCCGAUGACGACAUAAAUGCCGGAGGAGGAACGCCCAUUGUUGUCUUUGACAGCGUUUCGAAAUCUGUCAGAAUCAGCGAUACCAUAUAG